AUAAAGGUAUAUAUAUACCGGGUGUGCAAUGAUACAAAUGAAUUGAACCAAAAACACGCCAUUACACUUGAGAACUCUUUUAUAAUAAUGUGAUUUACGAAUACAGCACAAAAAGAUAUUUUAAUACUUUUUUAAAUUAAGACUUUGUUGUCACGAAACAUUUGCAACUAAAUUAAUAGGUACUAGAUAGAUAAUAAUAAAUACGUAAAUAUAUUGAUGAUAUGGAUGCCUUGCUGAUUUUCGAUGUCCUGAUGUAUGUGAAUUUGUAUUAUUUCCCUGUGUUCAGUUUUUGCAAUAUAAUGAUGUUGCUCGCGAAGUACCUGAGUAAAAAAUAUCCCACCCCGUACAUUGGAACGGACGCCCUUGUACAAUUGGGGCUACUCGUCUCUGAACUGUUAAAAAUUUUUUUGUUCAAGAGGCUAAGGGAGCAACAUAAAGGAUGGUCAGUAUUUGUUGCAGUAAUUUUUGUUGCUACUUCAAUAUGUGGUUUAGUCUACGUUUUUCUAUUACAAACUCCAGUUUUGAAAUUGGAAUAUAUUUUAGAUGCAAUGAUGAGUUUCCUUUUACUUAGUGAAUUUUUAUAUGGUAUUUUUAGUUUUAUGCCUUGUUGUAAAAAACACGAAUUUACGUAAAGUUAAACAAUAAAUUAUACACUGAAA